AUGGAAAUAACAACAAAGAGAGCUGAAGCGUUUACGGACGUUGUAAAGUACUGCUUUUUAGUACGGUCCAAGAGCGUACCCCCCAUCUUUAAAGAUGAACCCGAAACCAGCAACUACCAAGUCGAAGACCGUGACUUCCUGAGAUUUGUGGAUGGCCUCAAGAAACCGUAUGGCCGAGAAGGCCUCUUGCUGAAAGGCGAGCACGAGAAAGGCCACCCCUAUAGAGGCGCAUACCAGGAAGGCGACUACGAGCUAUUGGUGGAUAGCUUCAAGAAACCGUCAUGCCAGGACAUGUUGAUGGAGCAGCUAUGCUAUGCCCACCCAGCAGACUGCGAGCAGAAGCUCUCUCCUGUAGGUGGUACACAGCGCACCACCAAGGGCUGGUUUGAUCACCAGCAUUGGUAUCCCUACGGACCUAAUGAUACGCUGUACUUGCAUGAGCGUCACGACUUGUCUGUCUUCGACAUUGAGCUUUCGAGAAACGGCCUACCAUUUAUUGGAUACCACCAGAAACAUUGUGAUGACUACACACGCGUUGAUGAUGAGUCCUGCGUUGGAGCCGUUACGAUGAAGGGGAAGCUCUUGUUGCGAGAGAGCACGCCUAUAUGCGUCCCAAACAUCGCAUUGUUUACCGCCACCCUCCAUCGAGGAGUUUUGCGUGUAGUCAGACAUUAUACCCCCUUUUGCCUCAAUAGGCGUGGGUCCAGUCAGGCAAUCUAUGCCGAUAUCAAUAUGAUAUCAAAUAAGCAGGAUUUUGAGAGGGGCAUCCGUACUGUGACCAAACUACGCAUGGCGGCGGCGGAGUUCCGGGACUCGGUAGCUGCAAGUGUCAGUGAUCCAUCUACCUAUGAUGUUGCACCUUACGAUUGGAUGCCGCUCCAAGAGAGGUUAUUCAGCUUUCCUGAGCGCAGACUAUUUUCUAAAUGCGUUAGCCCUUACCUUAGCGACACCGUGCUGAGGGGUGUUGAGCCGAGGAUCGGGGAUGAAGAGUUCCGCACGUUUAAGGUCUCUAGCUGGAGGAACCGCUCAGACAGCCUCAGGAUAUUAGCGAAGUACGCCUUUGAUCGCCGACCACCUUGCCACAUCACGACCAUUAUUCCACUCCCGAAACUGGGCCUAGAUCCAGAAGACCCGAAAUAUGAGCUAUACGAUGGAUACGUACCCCCCAACUGUUUUAUCUCGGUCCUGGAGGAUUACGAUGAGGGUGUCGAGGAACGGCAGGAGAUCGUCGCCAAUGCCUUAAAGUUCGUGGACUUCGCAGAAAACAUGACCCAGUUGGUGGAAAAGAAACUUCCCUGCCACGACAAUCUAGGCGCGUUCGUUGUCGAAGUUACGAGACGCGGCAUCGAUAUUUUGUUGUUCCCCCUUCCGAGUUCUAGACUCUGCGCCGCGGAUUCUUACAGGAGGAUAUCUCAUAACCUGACUAUAGACAAGAAGAGCUUUGAGCGGGGUCUUCGGGCUUUGGCCCUGGUGCGCAAGAUGGCGGACGAGAUUCGAGGACGGCUGUGCGCGGACGUCGCAGCUCGCCGUUCCGGGGAGAUCCAUGUCCCCGCACAGCCCGACUGUAUGGAGGUAGCGCGCAGCGAAGACAAGGAAAUAUGCAAGGUCAACGACACGAUGGCGCGGAUCGACCUUGGUGCUGAGGUCACAUCGCGCGAUUCGGCGCCCAUGGACGUCGAGAUGAACGUUACUAGCCAACGUGGCCACAAGCGAGGGCGGGACGAGGACGAGGACGAGGCUCCCCAGACUAUGAAGCACAGGAGGAUCAUCAAGACCAUGCCCCAAGCUCGAGAGGGUGCUGAUGCCGGAUCUGUAGGCCUGGCGGCUGCGGACACCAAGGCUAAUCCUGUGAGCCAAGAUGGCCAGAACCGAAGACGGGAUCAGGAUGACGGCGAGAACCCCCCGAUCGUGACCACUGGGACCGUGACUGCAGGGACUAUGAUAGAAAACCGAGACGGUGGUGGUAGCAUAUUUGUUGGCCCUGCGCCCUUGGAUAUGAAGGCGAAUCCCGCGAGCCAAGAUGGCCAAAACCGAAGACCGGAUGAGGAUGAGGGGGAGACCCCCCGGACCGUGACUACUGGGACUGUGACUACAGGGACCACGAUAGAAACCCGACCCGGUAGUGGUCGCAUGCUUGGUGGCGGUAGUGGUAGCAUGUUUGGCGGCGGUAGUGGUCAACGUAUGUUUGGUGGCGGUAGUGGUGGCCUGUUUGGUGGAUUUGGUUGCUCCAGGCCCGUGGAUAUAAAGGCGAAUCCUGCGAGCGAAGACGGUCGGGAUCGAAGGCGGGAUGAGGAUGAUGGCGAGACUCCCCGGCCUAUGAGUACUGGGACUACGAUAGGAAUACGACCCGGUGGUGGCAGUAUGUUUGGUGGUGGUCAUAGUGUAUUUGGAGGUGGUGGUAGCGUAUUUGGUGGUGUUAGUAGUAGAUUUGGUGGUAGACACAUAUUUGGUGGCCCUGCGCCUGUAGACGGGAAGGCGAAUCCUGCCAGUACAAAGGGUCUGAAGCGAGGGCGGGACGAGGAGGGGGAGGAGGUUCCUCACCCAGCGGAGAAGUACAGAAGACCUGAGGUGGAUGCCUCAUCAAGGAAGAAAGUGAAAGUGGAAGAAGAUCACGUUGAAUAG